AACAUCGCUAUGAAACCCGCCGAUUUGAACGAGCAAUAUGCACGCUUUCCGGAAAUCUCACGCGAUGAGAUGCAAAAGUUCGUCAAUUGGAUACGCGCCCAACCGCAUAUGCAGAAUUUGUUGGAAGAGGAGGCCUUACACUUCUUCCACGCCUGCAAGAAUAGCAUGGAAAUGUCCAAACAGGUGCUGGACACCAAUCUAACGGUACGCACGCAUUGUGAUGACUUCUUUACGAAUUUGGACUGUGAACGGCCGGAGCUGCAGCGUGCCAUGCGAACAGUUUCCAUAUGCCCUUUGCCACAAACCACAUCCGAUGGAUAUCGUGUUAUAAUUGGAAAGUUAGCGGACACAAAUGCCUCGAACUUCAAUUUUGUGGAUGUCAUGAAACUUUACUGCUUGAUUUUUGAUUUAUGGAUGUAUGAGGAUGGCAUACGUCCGGGACACAUUAUAGUGAUCGAUUUGAAGGGCGUCACUUUGGGUCAUGUAGCACGCAUUGGCAUAUUUCAGAUGAAGAAGUUCCUCUUUUAUUUGCAAGAAGCAGCUGCUAUUCGUCUAAUAGGAUUUCAUUUUAUCAACAUUGUACCAUUUAUGGAUAAAAUUUUGGGUCUAAUGACACCCUUCAUGAAAAAGGAACUAACCAGUAUACUGUAUGUACAUAGUAAUUUGGAAGAUUUCUUCAAGCAUGUACCGCAAAGUAUAUUGCCCAAGGACUAUGGCGGCCAAGAGCCGGAAUGUAUAGAAAUGAGAGAAACCUUUCACCGCAAACUCAAAGAUAGUCGUGCUGAUAUGAUGGAGUUUGAGAAACGCCACCAAGUCAAUGAGAAAUUGCGACCGGGAAAAGCGAAAAAUGCUUCCGACCUAUUCGGCAUUCAAGGGAACUUCAAAAAACUAGACAUUGAUUAAAGUACAUUUAAGUGUUUUAUAAUUAUCAUUUUGAAAUUCCAUUGACAAAGUAUUGUUUAUAUGUAAUUAUGGCAUGGUGAUAGUCUAAAACUUAUCAUUAGAAAAUGUUUGAGAAUAAAAUUAAUUGGAAAGGAAA